UAGCGUCCCUCCGAGCACGAGUUGUUGGUAGAACUGUCCUUACUGGCUAAAAUGGCAGACAUCUCGAAAGACGAGCUCCGCAAGGAAAUUGCCGCUAUCCUGAAGGAUGCUGAUCUUACAUCAACAUCAUCCAAAAAAGUCCGCCAGCAGAUUGAAGAGAAGCUGGAUGUUGAUCUUUCAGACAGGAAAAAGGAAGUGGAUGAUUUGGUAAUGGAAUGUCUCAAAGAGAAACAAGACGGAAAAAAGAAAAACAGUAAGGAUGAAGAUGAGGAAGAGGAUGAGGAGGAAGAGGAAGAAGAGGAGGAUGAGGAGGAAGAAGAAGAUGAAAAACCUAAAGCAAAGAGAGCAGCUAAAAAGCCCACGAAGCGGCCCAAGAAAGGCAGCAGUGAAGAAAGUGACGAAGGCUCAGAUGAUGAUGCAAGUGAUGAGGAAUAUAAUCCAUCCAAAAAAAAAAAAAAAAGCCCUCCGCCACACACCGUUGGGUGGCUUGCGGAGUAUCAAUGGUUUGCGAACUGGGUACUGAUCCUGGUGUCUCUCAAGAAAAAUGGCAGCCCAAGCUCGUCCUUGUCGUCCUUCUUUGGACGAGGAUGUCAAGCUAUAUCUCUGGAGAAGUAA